UCUAGAGAUGUGAUGUUAUAACACACACACAAAUUUCCAGCCGUUGCUAUAUUCUUUUUUCCUUAAUUUUUGUGUGGUGGCGUGAGAGGGUGAAGCCAAGGUCGCGGGUACGAUCCUCUUGUCUGACACUCGCCCUAAGUUCUUCCAUUCUUUCUUCUUCUCUCUCCAGGCGGCAGGGCUCCUCCUCCCGGGAUCGUGGAUGCGGCUCCUCCAGCAGUGAGAUUCUCGGAUUUUUGCCGCGGCGCAUCCUGGCGGGAUGUGAGAAUUUUUCUCGCUUCUCGAUCGAUCGACAGGAAUGCCGCUCCGGACGAAUGAGGCUGGGAAAUGUGGCUGCUGCUUGUAGCAGUCGGCUCCGGAUGUCUCGCGAGGCGCUGGCGCCAUGGAUCAUCGCAGCGGCGGGGGCAGCUGGAGCAAGACGAGAAGCAUCACGAGCAGGAAGACGAAGAUGGAUGCCCUAGCGAGGAGCAGCAGGUAUUUGAUCUCGGUUCCUCGCCGGGACAGGACGCCGGCGAUGGCGGCGCAAUCGCAAUGGUAGAAUUCGAGGAGGAGAUGCUCAAGAAGAAGGAGAAGAAUGCUUUGCAGCAGAUGGAUCCAGUGGCAGUGGCGAGGAGGAUAUCGACCAAGAAGCUGUUUGAUGGGGAGGAAGAUCACGGUCACACUAGUCCCAAGCCGCCCGGGACGACCAAAACGACGACCACUACUGUUACUACUGCAUCCAGUGAUCCUCCACAGGCUGCUGUAGAGACUUCUAGGACCCAACUGGAGAUCGAGAGCGCUAGCGCGGUGCCUGUAGUGGCUGCCGGGAAGAGGGCGAUCGAGUUUAGCAAGCACGCAAUGCAUGAAGGUGAUCUAGCAGGAAUCGAGGUGAAGAGAAAGAGAGAUUCUAGCGAGCUUGUAGCGGGGCAGCCGCAAGAGCAGGGACUUCUCAGCUCGUUUACGUGCAGCUUCAUGGACAAUCCCGGGUUGACGGAUCUCUGGUUUGCUCCACGAGAAGGAGACGCUGCCAGGAUUCGGAAGUUCAAGACUCCGAGCCGGCAGAGGUCGAGGGGACUGGGACGCAGGGCGAGGUACUUGCGUGCGUCGCCAAAGCCGGUUUCUUCGAUGGAGAGUUGCUUGAGCGCGCAGCUACAUUUCGACGAGGACAAGCGAGUCUCUCGCUCUUUGUUUUUCCAGCCGUUUCAGGAAGGGAGAACUCCUGGCCUUGGCGAAGUUGAGGUGUUGGGAACAGGGACUGGCUCUGGUCUUCGUAGAAACUCUAUGCAUUUUCCACCAUUUUCGAGACCGUUUGCACGGAAGAAUUUUAAAAAGCACUUCAAAGCUGGAGAUGAUCCUCCACAAGAAGCUCUGCUGUUUAGUUUCGGGGUUGGCAUUGGUGUGAUGCACAUGGUCACGACGAACAACGCUGAAAUUGAGAGGCUGCGAAAAUGCUUGGCAGAGGCCGAGAAUUUAGUCCAGGUGUUGCAGCGAGCAGCAGACCGCGGUGCGGUCGAACGUUCUACGGGCCUAGACUCUGCUGGGAGUAAUCUGACGACGGAACAGCAGGGAAACAUGGCCGAGUUGGAAGCGCAACUUGAAGCUGAAUUGGAGUUGAUGCAGCUUAACUCGAACGAUUCGACCGAGGAGCUGGAUGCCGAAGUGGUACAUAGCGAACUGAACGCCAGUGGUUUGCCUGGAGUUUCAGACAUUGACGAGGACGAUAAGAAUCACUCCCAUGGUGAGGGGAACACCACAAACUGGGCGGUUUCUCCAAGAGAGCUUGAUCGAAGGCUCAGAAUGCUCAUCGAAACCAGGCAAGAGGAGCGCAUUGCCCAGCUAGAAGAAGACCUCCAACAUGCUGAAAACCAGCUUCACGACACAGAGAUGGAGCUUCAAAUGUGGAAAGACCGUGUCUUUCGCUUGACAGGGAUGACUCUGUCGACCUCAGGGAACAAGGAAGAAAAUUCAUUCGAUCGCUGCAAGCCUGGAGAGCAGAGCCCCUCGGAAGACAUCUGUGACGAGUUCCUCAAGUCUGUAUUUCUUAGCCGCCAAAACUCGCUCAGGGAUCAGGCUGGUGCUUCGAGCUGCAGCAUUUCCGAGUGUGGAGAAAGCUGGCAACGGCAAGCUUCCGGCACCACCCCGGAGAAUUAUCUCAGUGGAGGAGCAGGCAUGGACAUCGAGCCGGGAGGCUUCCAGCACAAUCGAAACAGCAGCACCGACUUGGAGCAGGAGAGAAAAACCACGCCACCAUGGAGCUACAGCAGUGUUUUCGCGGUCACCCACGCGGGUUCUACCACUCCGAUCCAAGACGUGCGCUCCAGCAAGCUCUUCAACACACCCCGGGCUCUCAGAUUGCGAAACGGUGCGCUGGUGCUGGACAAGAUACGGUACUGGGAAAACCUCGCCAGGGGCAGCGUCAAGUCGGAGGCUCACACACCUCCAGCGGAGGAAGAAAACGCGACGCAGGGGAACGAUCAGAGCUCUCCUCCGGUGCGAUUCAGCUGCUCCGAUGGCUCCUCCCGCGACGAUAGCUCGGCGUCCGAUACGGAAGAAGGCGGGCAGGGUCACGUUUUGAUCAAGAGGAUCGUCGAGAAGUCGAGGAAAGGAUCGACGCUGCUCAAAGACGUGGAGAGAAUGCUGGCUGCGCUAGAUAGUGAGUGACCGUCGUCUUUUUUUUCUUUAUUUUUUUCGUUUUUUUUCCGUUCUAAGCUCUUCCCUGUACAUCAAAGUUUACGCAAGUUUUGUAAAGCCCACAAAGAAGAAAGAAGAAGAAAAAAAUAUUUCUUUGACACCUCUAA